GUUCCAAGAUGUGCAGCUCGAACGGGAGACGUCGGAGUUUGGGAGGGGAAGUCGAACGCCGAACUUUAUGUCAUAGAAACUACAUAGACCAGAACGCACCAUUCCGGAUGUGUAUCAAACAUGGACAGCUGAUAAGGACGUGGAAGUUGUUGCACCGACAUAGUGUACGCUGUCUUUUUUGGAAGGCGUAAACUUAUUCUGAACGUUGUUACAGCGAAUGACAGUUUUGCUGCUACAGGUACUUUACGGGCAAUAAGUUGUAAGUGGCUCGUUAGUUAGCUAGCACCGGGUCUUUAAAGCUGAUUUUAAAAAACUUCCUCGCUAGCUCACUGUCAGAUAUUGGAAUGGCAGGCAUCGAAAGGACUCCCGAGUCUGCGGUCAUAAGGAGAUUGAAGCGUUUCAGAGACAAAUACUUAAUGAGUCUGUGGAAUGAUACGCGUAACGUCCAGCACCCCGGAAAUGUGGAUGAAAACACAGCGACUGGCUGCAACUUGAACAUUUUACCGGUGGAUGUGCAAUUUCGCAUUAUGGCUCUCCUGACUCCCCAAGACCUCUGUCGGCUGGGCAGCACUAGUUACUAUUGGAGGUCUGUGGUCAGAGACCCCCUGCUGUGGAAGUACUUCCUGCUCAGAGAUAUGCCUCUCUGGCCUUCCAUUGACCAUGCCUCCAUGCCACAUCUGGAGGCUCUAGAGGCCCCCCUCUGCAAGGAUGAGGAGGAUCCUAGCCAAGACUUCAUGGCAGACUACCUGAGAGGCAGCCCUGCGUGCAGACGUCAGUGGCAGCCCCCAAGGCCAGCGUACAAGGCUGUUGCCUCCUUUUUACAGUCUCUGGUUGUUCCCACUGAGCCCCGCUUCGCUAUGUUUGGUCCAGGCCUGGAGCAGCUGGACGUCUCCCUGCUAGAGAAGCUGAUGUUCUCCCCGGACGUACUGCCUGUUGCGGGAAUACCCCAGAGGCAGAUUGGAGGUAUUGGGUCUGGAAUUAGUUUCACAUACAACGAUCAGCACAGAUUCAAUAUUUUGACCCUGUAUUCGACAAACAGGACUGAGAGAGAGAGAGCACGCAUUGAGCACCAGAGUGUGCAGAGCAAACUCUUCGUCCAGGAUGACUCUAAUUACAGCAUCACACCCCAGGUCCAGGAGGUGUGUCGGGCUGUGGAUGGCUUCAUCUACGCGGCAAAUGCUGAAGCUGGGAGAGAUGGCGAGCGGCACAAGGAGGAAGCUCAGAUCCGGGCCAUGCUUGACGAAGCUUUGGGCUCGUCCUCGCGGCCUAUCUUGGUUUUGUCCUGCAUGGCUAGAGAGGAACCUGGUGGAGCCAGAACAAGGACCCCUUGUGUGACCCUGGCGCGACAGCUUAAUCUGCAGCACCUAGCCAAUCCAUGGAUGGUCCAAGACACUGUGGCAGAAUCACUGUCAGGGCUUUUGGAUGGAAUCGCUUGGCUCCUGAAAGUGUACGGCCUUAGACUAUAGGCGAGAAUGCAGGGUUGAUACGCUGGGAACGAUUACGGGACUCACACAUCUUCAUGCUGCUGCCUUUGGGUUCUUUUUUUAUUUUUUUUUUGCUUGCUUGUAAAAUACAGUGAAUUUUGUAAUUAUUAAAUGAGCUACUAUUCAUAUUUUUUAUAUACUAGACUUUUGGAAAUCCUUCUUUUUUUAAAAUCAGAACUUUCCCAAAUAUUUUAUGAUUGUGUAAAUGCACCUUUUUAAUAGUGUUUUAUGGGGUUUACUUCAGUUAAAAUUUGGGGCAGUUUCUUAAUGCAAGUUUGCACUUAAUUUUGUAGGUGGAGACUCCACAGUGUGUAAAAGGAUGGCAGCAAGGAUGGCCUUAAGUACUAAUUGAAUUAUUCAUAAUUGGAAUUAUUCAUUAUUACAUUUAUUAGUUGUUUGUGCGUCUUUUUUUGCGAAGGUUAUACUUGUUCUCUUUAUAACUAUGGAUAUUACUGUAUGUUUUACUGCUGCACUUCAAAGCACACUCACAAUUCAUUGUAAGCAGAAAAAUAUGCAUACCUUUUUGUCCAGACUACUGUGUGCUAUUGAUUGAUUAUUUAUUUAUUUAUUAUUAACCCCAGAAAGCAAAUUGAAUGAAAAUCUGAAUCGUAAGAAGUGAACAUUUAAUCAUUUCGUCACUGACCUUAUGGGCUUGUGACAUGGGAAAGGGAGGAAUGAACAGACACUUCAUUUGGAAAUAGAUGUUACAAACUGGGCGAGUGAAACAAGCACAACAAAAGCUGUGUUGGACUCAGUGUAGCAGAAAAAUGCAAGAAAGUUAGAGUUAAAGGAGUUUGGCAUAUAGUUCUUCAGCACCAAUUAUGCAUGCUGGAAUAUAUGGUGAUGUUUUAAUUUCUCUGUUUAAUUUGCCUUUAAAUAUACAUACCUUUCUGAAGUUUCCAUUUUAUAAAAUGGAGAAUGGCAAGUUUUAUACAUAUGAUGCUGAAUUAAACUUUUGAAAAUUGCCUUGUUAAGUAUGAACUGGGAAAAAGUUCUUGCUAAAUGUACAAGAAAAUCUCCAUAGCUGGAUAAAAAACGAGUAGCUAUGAAGAAGCCCACCUUUUCUGCUCUUUGCACACUACAUGGGCUCGUAUAAGGAAACCAGAACUCAGAAGUGAAUGAAUGUUGAAUGGAAACAGUGAGUUCAGUGGAGGAAA